CGCCGCUCUUCUCCGCCUGCCCAGCCCUUCCAGCCUUGCGCGGCCGGUGCGGUGCUCGUGUUUUACCACCUCCUCGCGGAGAGUCGCUGCCGAGUGGGCGCUCGAUCUUCGGGUCGUCAUGAUGGUUGGUUACGAGUACGUGAGCCCGGAGCAGCUGGCCGGCUUUGAUAAGUACAAGUACAGUGCUGUGGAUACCAAUCCACUCUCUCUAUAUGUCAUGCAUCCAUUUUGGAACAACGUAGUAAAGGUAUUUCCUACUUGGCUGGCUCCAAAUCUGAUAACCUUUUCUGGCUUUCUGUUGGUUGUCUUCAAUUUUCUAUUUAUGGCAUACUUUGAUCCUGACUUUUAUGCUUCAGCACCAGAUCACAAGCAUGUGCCUGAUUGGGUCUGGAUUGUAGUGGGCAUCCUCAACUUCAUAGCCUACACUCUAGAUGGUGUGGAUGGAAAGCAAGCCCGAAGAACCAAUUCCAGCACUCCGCUAGGGGAGCUUUUUGACCAUGGCCUGGAUAGUUGGUCAUGUGUUUACUUUGUUGUAACUGUGUAUUCCAUCUUUGGACGAGGACCAACUGGUGUCAGUGUUUUUGUUCUUUAUCUCCUGCUAUGGGUAGUCUUGUUUUCCUUCAUACUGUCUCACUGGGAAAAGUAUAACACAGGGAUUCUUUUCCUGCCAUGGGGAUAUGACAUUAGUCAGGUGACUAUUUCUUUUGUCUACAUAGUGACUGCGAUUGUGGGAGUUGAGGCCUGGUAUGAACCUUUCCUGUUUACUUUCUUAUAUAGAGACCUAUUCACUACAAUGAUUAUUGGUUGUGCAUUAUGUGUGACUCUACCAAUGAGUUUAUUAAACAUUUUCAGAGGCUAUAAAAAUAACACCUUGAAACACAAUUCAGUCUAUGAAGCUAUGGUUCCCUUCUUUUCUCCAUGUUUGCUCUUCAUUUUGUCUACAGCGUGGAUCCUCUGGUCACCUUCAGAUAUUUUAGAAAUACAUCCUAGAAUAUUCUACUUUAUGGUUGGAACAGCCUUUGCCAACAUCACUUGCCAGCUGAUUGUUUGUCAAAUGAGCAGUACUCGGUGCCCCACUUUGAAUUGGUUGCUCGUUCCACUCUUCUUGGUUGUCGUGGUGGUGUACUUAGGAGUAGCCUCUUCUCACACUGAGAGCGUUCUCCUCUAUAUGUUAACAACUGCUUUCACUCUGGCCCACAUCCAUUAUGGAGUGCAAGUGGUAAAGCAGCUGAGCAGCCAUUUCCAGAUUUACCCCUUCUCAUUGAGGAAACCAAACUCAGAUUGACUAGGAAUGGAAGAAAACAAGAUUGGCCUGUAAUCUACAGAAAGAAGUACUGUAUAUAAGAUGCUUGUAAAUAUUUCACUCAUCACCAUUGAACUAAACCGAUCUGCUUGACAGACAUGGGAACUCAGUGUGUGUGGUACUUGGACAGCAGGAAUGAUUUAUACUAUCUGAAUUUGUGGAAUUUUGGGCCUACUAAUUCCUAGUUUCUUUUAUGUUUUAUAAAACCAUGUGACUUUUUGGUUAAGCAUAAUGUACAUUAGACCAGCAGAAUGUUUCCUAGUGGUUUUAACUUCAUGAGUCCAUAAUGGUUUAGUUCACACAGAGUUAAUGCUUGGCUUUUAUUUUUUAAAACCCCCAAAUUGGUCCAGAAACACUGAUAACAUUCAGAAAACCACAAUACGUUUUUAUAUUUGGUACUUUGUGAUAGGUCUUUAGCUGUGGAAGCUAUCCGGAGCCCAAAUCUAAUAUAGAGAAAAGAUAAGCGCAAGUUACCUUCAGCAAGAGAUGCCAGAUGAUUACAGAACAAUAUACAGUUGUCAAAAACUGGUUUCUUUUUCCCAUGGAAACGCCUUUUGUCCUCACAUUGCUAAGACAGCCAGUAUAUAUAUUUAGAUUCUCUAAUAUUCUGGCCUUCUUUGUUAUGAAACAGAUCUUGAUAAAUGGCUUAAAUUUCUUUUAAAGAAAAAUAUUCUGUUGAGGCUUCGUACAGAUGGGUUGUAAUUAUAAGCCAUCCAUUAGCAAUGUUUAUUUUUUCAAUGUAGAUUCCCCCUCAGCUGCAGAUUGCCAGGAUUUGGUGCCUGUGAACCAUGAUUGUAUGAAUGCACGUGACAGUCCCAGUCUAAUGAUAAUUACUUGUGAAGAAUGCAGAUAAAGUACCUUAUAAGAUAAAAUGAAUUCGGUAUUAGGAAUCUCAUGAACUCUGACCAAAAUUAGUUUUCUGAUUCAACUUGCCAUUCCCUUGUCUCUCUCUCUUCUCUCUCUCUGUGGGAUGGGAUGGGCACUGUGUUUUUUGUUUCAUACAGGAUUAAGCAGAGAGAAACUCUCUCAACUUGCCCAUUUCUCCCACUUGAAGAAAAUUUUUGAUACAUAUGCCUUACUGAGUAUGUACUGCCUUUAAUAUGUCUUGGAGUAACUUUUGAGGUUUACAAACAUAAAAAUUCCUUUGACUUUAGUGUGGUUGUUUUAUAGAUCACAUCUUUUCAUCAGUGUGGAUAUUCUAUUUGUUUUUUUAACUUUGUCACCAUUUAGUUUGGUGGUGGUGAAAUUUACAUGCUGAUUUUCUUUUAUUUUCCACUGAAUGAAGUUUGUGCUUGAAUGAAGAGUGUAUCUUAAACCCUUUUUUUUGGACAGGUUGCACUUGGAUAAAGUAGGCACCACUGUGUUGAUAUGUAAUUAAAUUCAUAACCAUUAUUUAUCUAUGAACAUGACCAUUGUUAAAUUUACUGUAAUGUUUGUUAAAUUUCAGUCUGCUGCUUUGUAAAAAUAACUAUGUAAUUGAUUUUUCAUUUUUUAAAUUUGUGAAUUCUAAUCAUUGUCAUCCAGGUUAUCAGAAAUGAGGAGUCAAGGAGCUAGCUCAGGGUUCCACACUCAUUUUAAAAAAUUGUAAAGGUUGAGGUAUGCUUUCUCUGAGACAAAAAAGGACACUGAAAAUAGAUGAGAAUGGAUGCAGGAGAAGGGGGGAGUAAUCCCAUGUUUGUUAAAAAAAUAAAAAUAAAAAAUUGCCAUCAUGGAGGUCAGGGAAUGAACCAAUUAAGUGAAGGUAGCUACUUUUUGUGUACAUUCUUCUGUGUCAUCUGUAAAAUUGAACUGGGUAAAGUGCUAAUUUGGGGUAGGAAAAAAGCUCUGUUUUAAGGUUUCUAGAUGGAUCAUUUUACUGUUUUGUUUACCUUGUACACAGGAAUGAAAUUUGUAUUAUAAGAAAAGUAGUGAUAAAUAUUUAUAAAAUGACAAAUGUGGACCACAGGUUUUUUUCAGUGUGUACAGUAUAGUAAAAAUACCUUUUACUUCUGGCAAAAGGGUCAUGUCCUAUAAUCUUGGGGCCAUUUUACCUCAGAGUGUGUUUCUGCUGUCUUUCUGUUGCAUUGAUUUUAUUUGAAAAAUGUUUUGUGCCCAUACUUUACGACAUGUUUCCUAUGGUGGUAAAAAAUUAUGCCAGAGUCAGUUUUAUUGAUAAAAUUAGAUAAAAGAAGGGUGGCUGCCAACAAGUGAACGUAAAACUGAACAAUUAGCUGUUUCAGAAUACUGUGGACUUGUGAAUCUUUAGUGUUCUGCCCUUUUUCUUGUUUUUGUCUGCCGUGCAUCUUGAAAGCCCCCAUUUGUUUAUGUACAGCAGCUGAGGCAGGACUUAAUUACAAAUAGUCCUACAUAUUUAUGUCAUGCCAAUUACCGUAACAUUUCCAAAGUAUAAAAGCUCUUUCAGGCUUAUGCAUGAUAUUUUGGGGGUGAGUUCACACCCUGGCCUUUCUCCCCAGUAUACACUGAGCUGCCUUUUGGGGAGCCGUGGCAUGGUUGGCCACGCGUGCAUGCUAUCUGUACAUUUCAGAAUAGAGUGCCUUAGCCAGGCCAGAGAUCUGCAUUGUGUUUCUGCCGACCAAAGUCACAUAGACGUGUAAGAAGCCUCUGAAAAGGUUAUAGUGUGAAAAAAUGUCCUUUCAGGCUUAUCAGGAAAUAAUUCCCCUGUACUCGAGGGGGUCAUGGAAUAGAGAAAUGUUUUAAAAACCCUGGAUAGAGUAUGCUAAUGCUGCCUUUUGUGGUCCUUUAAUAAUCAUGUUUAAAACGAUCACAAUUGAAAACAUCAUUCCUCCACUAAUGGAUAGAGAUGGUGGUAUAUUUUAGUCUUAAGACAAAUAGAGUUACUUCCAAAUGGAAAAUGAAAUAUUCUCUGGCAUUUUAGUAAUGUGAUUAAAAUACUUUUUAUUCUAAUUUUUAAAAGAAUAUUAAACGUUGAUUUUGGCCAAGGAUGUUACAGUACUACUACCAACAUGUCAUUUAUUCUAAUAUAGAGGUAUUGGGAAGAGGGCUGCGUGUCUAGAGUUGUCCAAAUUCCAAAUAGAUAAGCAAAAGAGUAUUGGUCAUGGCCUGGCGCCCGGGCAUUGAGGGAGUAUACAAAGGAAAAAGGCGCCCUGGCAUAGAGGGAGUAUACAAAGGAAAAAGGCGCCCUAGUGUCCGCUUUAAAGGGAGGAAGUGACUGCUUUAGUGCCCUAUGGAUUGAAAGUUUUCUAACUGUUCUGUUUUCAAAGAAUCAGUUUAUUUUGUAGUCAGCCAAAAAACAUUUGGAAUGUACCUUGCUUUCUAGAGCAGACUUUGGAGAAUCAAAAAGAUAAUCAGAAGGUGUUUGAGUCAAAGAAUUGUUUUCCUCUUUGUGUUUUAACUGGAGGCAUAUUUGUAAUUCUCCCUUUUCAUUCUUCGCUUGAGUUUCCUCUUAAUCAACUACUACCUAGAACAGAGACGGCCCCAUCAGGCCUUGCUUGCCUCUAGGUCUUACAACAUUCAGAACUCCUUGAUCGCCUUAGAUCUCUUGACUAGUCAAGGACCCAAGAAUGUGCCAGAUGGAACAAAGUAAACAGGAUGGGAUGAAACUUUUGACUUUGGUUCCAAAAUGAGCCAAAAAGUCAGACACAAAUCUUUGGUUGUGCGGAUUCCUAUGUUCCGAGUGGCCUUGAUCUUGACCUCAGUUUGGAACUUGAUUAAAUACUCUAGGAAAUUUGUGAGGUCACACCAGAAUUUUCGUUGUCCCAUGAGGUAUCUUGAACACCCUGUGGGUGACUAACCUUACUAAGUUAGCUGCCAGGGCUAGAACCUUCCAGGAAGACUUUUAGCUAGUAUGUUGCAUUUGAAGCACUUUGACAUACCUUUAAAGUGACAGUUUUAACAGUAAAAUGGUAUUGAAUUAAUCACUGUGAUACUUGAAAGUACGGUGCUCUGUGCAUUUUAGGAAGCUUAAGUAAGUUUCUGAUUUUCCAUUAUUAAUUAUGCAACCUGUGUAAUUUGUAGAUUUUAGUUCUGACAGUGGUACAAAUGAUUGACAUAUUGGCAGGCAGUUACUUUAGGGUAUAUAAUAAAUCAAAGCUGUCUAACUUUUCCAGAGAAAGUGGUGAUAUGUUUGCUUCUUCCUAGCAUGGAGCCAUGGAAAUUGGGUUUGUUGGCGAACUCAUUUCUAGUGUUUCUAUAGGGCAAAAUGAAUGUAACCUUUUUAAUCUGCAUGCUGGUAGUAUGUUUUGCUCUUUAAUAAACAGAUACUCAAGGGAUAGUAAUGGAGCUGUUCUUUGUUUUUAAGCAGGGCUCUGCUCUGAAAUGAGCAGCAAGAUCUUGCUUUUAGUAUUUAGGGUAACAAAAGAAUUGUUGCUGUCUCUAGCCCUGUCGCAGGCAGCCUGAACCAAGGCCUGUGUUGCAUUUGGUCAGAAGGCCAGGUUCCCAGAAUUGGAAAGUGGCAGCACAUGGACUGCUUUUAGAAUCGUUUUAGAAGGGAUUGCCUCUAUAGGAAGAUCCGUUUGGGCACAACAGAAGAAUUGUUCUGAUCUUCCACAGACCAUUUACAUUGUCUUGCUCUUCAUAGUAUCAUUCUUAGAAAGCUGGGCUAAAUCUGAGUGGUGGUGUUUUUAAAGCACACCUAUUGGGUCAUGGUCAUAGAGUACCUAAAUGCCACACUGACAUUAGAGACAGUAUUGAAGACACAGGGAGUGACCCAGUGCUGUGAGUGCUUCUGCUUCUUUGGCUGAGGUCUUCUCUUGAGCAGUUUCUACGGGUAACAGUCAAAAUUAGAAUUGAUUUUAGACUUAAAAGUACAAUUCACAGUAAGUUUUAGAUUCUGAUAUAUUUAACAGGUACUUUUUAAUAUCUAAAGAAUAAGUUCUUGACCUAGAAUGUAUUUAGUUAGUACUUAAUGUCACAAGGUUAUAAAAACCUGUUGCUGUCGAGUUAAUUCCAACUCAUAGCGACCCUGUAGGACAGAGUAGAACCGGCCCCAUAGGGUUUCCAAGAGGGGCCUGUUUUAAUUUUGCCGGAUCUAUGAAUUCUGCAUUAUAAAUCUUUUUGAAUUACUGUUAUCACUCAGUAUCAGACUUUGAGUUUAAUAACUGCUAAUUGAGACUGCCUGCAACGCUAACAUGUAGAUGGUUUUGCUUAGAUAACUUGUCACAUUAGAGCAGAUAGUUAAGACACAAAGACCCAGCUACAUGUAAUGGUUUGCUUAUUUCAAAAUGUGCCAAGAAAGCAGAAUUCAGUAUUAAACUCCCAAGUUUCAAUGUUAAGUUUUUUUUAAGUAGCAUUUCCUCCUGGGUUAAGGGGAAGACAAUAAAUUGCCAAGGUGUCAACUCCUUGCUCCUCCUUGCCCCGCCCCACACUGUAACAUAAUAAAUUUGUAGCCACUUGUAGAAAAAGAACUUGAUACUUUUCUGAGUAGGCUUUCAUGCCCUGUGACUAAGAAUACUUUGCAGGAGUCAUGGCCAAAUCGAUUAUUGAGUUAUUUAGCUUGGUCCUGUUGCAGUUGGCAUUCUUUAGUAUUGUAAAACAAGAGAACACUUCCAUCCCUUCUCAGGUACCUAGAGACAACUCCACCUGAGCAGCUGGAGUAUGUUUGCUUUCGGUAGAAUAUAUCAGGAAGAUGAAGAGCAUAAGAUGUUACUUUCCUUUUCAAGUAGCUUAAUUAAACAUAUUAGUAAUUGUUCUGUCCAGAACUUGGCUGUGUUCAUAGUAAAUAAUGUAGCAUUUAUUUUAUCUGGGUUUGCGUGGCAUGUGUAUAUAUAAAUAUUUAAUAUGUACGCACAUAUUCUCUGUACAUAUGGAUGUAUGGUAUAUUCAUAUAUACAUGCAGUCUAGAUUAUCACCAAAAUGUUGGCUUAAUCUGCACGUGGCCCCUAAUUUUGUGACGCCUGUUCCUGAUCUGGAGCCACGGUCUUUCCUACUUCCAGUUCAUCUCGUUCCCCAGGAAAGGCCCUUUAAUAUGUCACUUUCCAUUUCUCUUUCCCCAGGAGUGUGUGAGCAGAAAGACCAUUUUUGAGAAAGGUGGAUGCUUCUCCCAGGGCUGAGGCUGCUGGGUCUGAGUGAUAAUGGGGCCUAUUUCUGGCCAGGAGGCAGUUGUGCUCAUGGGCUUGGGGGCAGCGCUUUAGCUCUUGCUGAAACAAGGCUUCACAGCUUGCUUAAAUUACUUAGCCAGAAUGUGGUCAAGUCUCAGAUUGAUGUACAGAUAGAAUUCAACAGUGUACUUCAAUGUUAUUUUUGCAUUAUUGGUAUUACUGUUCCCUAUUGUUAGCCUAGAUAAUCAAGACCUGACUGCUGCUUAUUAUUGGAUCCUGGAAGCCUUGCCCUUUCAACUGGAUUUGUGUUUGUUUCUGCUGCUGUGAAACCCAAAAGUAAUGCAGUAGGUUUUAAUUUAAAAUUGUUUAAUUCUAUUACUGAUAAAUAUUUAUUGUAAUAAAAGCAAAGAGUAAAUAAUUUUUAAAUCCUUUUAAUUGUUUCCAGAUUGUCUUUUUCAUUUUUCCUUAGUAGGUAGAAGAAGGGGAGGGAGCUGUGGGGAGAAAAAUAAUGACCAGCCACUUGUCUCAAAGUAUCAUUGAUUUUUUUUUUUUUUUUUUAGAGUAAAACAUUAAGAAGAUUGUUUUUCUUUUGAGAAAGAUCAGUCUGCUUGCUCCUGGGUGUUCUGUAAUCCUGUGACUUGCUUCAGAGAACAGAAUACUAGGCAGGUGACAGUAACAGCUAUUCCUAAUACAUUGUUCUUGACCCUUCCAGAACGGGGUACUGGCAGGGAUGGAUUACUCAGUAAGCAAGGUAAGCACGUGCUUAGGGCAUCAGCAAAACAGAGGCACCAGUUGUCCAAAGCAAACAGCUCGUAGAUGCCAAGCAGACAGGACACAAGGAAAAGCGAGUGCCGCAGUGGAAGGGAACUGACUCAUUUUCUUUGUUGUAGAAUAUGUAGAAUAUUCCUUUUCUAGAAAAUGUGAUAUAUAGUAAAAAUCUUAGUACCCCACAUCCAUUAAGAAUUUUAUAAUCCCGUUUCAUCUCAUUCCACUAAAGUGGCAUAUGCCACUUUUGUGUUCAGUUGCUAAAUAUUAUAGUUACAUUUAAAAAAGAAGUUACAUCAUGGAUAGCUAAGACACACACACAAACCCAUGUAUGUACAUGUAUAUGUGUAACUCACAUACCCCGUUUGAACGUGUGAGUAAGCAGAGGAGGGGCUUAGGGCCCUCACAUGCCUUAAUGGGGUCCUAGGUAUGGGCAUAGGGUCGCUGUGAGUUGGGAUCGACUCGACGGCAACAGGUUGGGUAUGGGCAAUAUAUAUAUAGUUCUCAUGACUGGGUUGCAUUUAAAUUAGUUUGUAAGGUGGUUGUUUAAUACUCAAA